GCUCUCAGUAGUCUCCACAUGGGCAUCGCCCCUCCCCUGACUUCUGAGCUGCAACUGCCUGCCCCUCCACCUUACCCACUCCUUUCCCGGAUUCCUCCCUCACCAGACCUGGUCUCCUCUGUCCCCAGACCCAGAGAGAGGCAAUGAGCAGCCAUGGCAACAGUCUGUUCCUGAGGGAGAGCAGCCAGCACCUGGGUGGUGUGGGCUCUCUGCAGGGACCUCAGGUCAGUUGGCAGCAGAGAGCACUGCGCAUGCGCAUGCUCCUGCAGCCCAUGAUCAGAGAGCAUGUGUGGCGCUUUCUGCCUAGAAAUGCCUUCAUCUUGCUCACAGUCAGCGCUGUGAUCAUUGGUGAGCUCUGCUUCUUUGCCUUGCGCCCACACCAGCUCUUCUACCACCAGAUCAAGUACUUCUCUUUUCCUGGUGAGCUGCUCAUGAGGAUGCUGCAGAUGCUGGUGCUCCCCCUCAUCGUCUCCAGCCUUGUCACAGGUAUGGCAUCCCUGGACAACAAGGCAACAGGGAGGAUGGGAAUGCGGGCAGCUGUGUACUACAUGGUGACCACAGUCAUUGUGGUUUUCACUGGGAUCCUAAUGGUCACCAUCAUCCAUCUUGGGAAAGGCUCCAAGGAGGGGCUGCACCAUGAGAGCCGAAUUCAGACUGUCCCAACAGCUCAUGCAUUCAUGGACCUGGUCAGAAAUAUGUUUCCACCUAACCUUGUGGAGGCCUGCUUCAAACAGUUUAAGAUGCAGUACAGCACACGGGUGGUAACCAGGAUGAUUGUAAGGACAGAACUGGGGGCCUCCAUGUCUCCCCCAUCCUCAGUGGAGAAUGAAACCAGCAUCCUGGAAAAUGUCAACCAAGCCUUGGGCACCCUGCAGGAGGUGAUAAGCUUUGAGGAGACUGUGCCUGUGCCUGGUUCAGGCAGUGGCAUCAAUGCCUUGGGCCUUGUGGUCUUCUCUUGGCCUUCGGGCUGGUCAUUGGUGGCAUGA